GUAACAAAAAAUUAUUUAGAGUUCAAAUAUAUUUUGUAAUAAUUACAAAAUCUGAAUUAAUUGAUUAGUGCCCAAGUAUAUGAGAGUGUGUUUUGUUUAUGCAUUCUUUAAUGCAAUUAUAUUGACAGUGGGUACUUGAAAAUAAUCUGUGCUAUUGUAACGCUUACGCCAUAGAAUGUUGAUUUUAACAUCACAUCAAUCUCUGGGACUGCUUGUAAUGAUCAGUUUGGUAAUGCAACUGGUCGCUGCUAAUGAUCACAGGAACAAACUAAAGGUGUCAUUGCCUCACGAGCGCACAAAACGUGGCAUUUUUUUGGACUUCGUGCAAAAAAUGGUGAUAACCAAAAAUCUUCUUGUUGACCAAUAUACCGACACAAAGAACACUCUAAAUGACAUCUACAAUACGGUAAAUGAGCAGUUCAGUGAUCCGGGCCCAAUGAAACCAACAAGUCAACCAAAGCCAACGACAGAAAAGAUGUUUUCUAAUGCCGAUGAUAGCGGCAGUGAUCCUACCACAACAACCACUGAGGGUUACAGCAUUUCUCGCUAUGAGCUGGGUCGUAUUCUGGGUCGGAACUUCCGUGGUGUACAACGCCUGGCCCAGACUGAGUUUAAAGAGGCGCUUAAUGCCACACACUACAAUUUGAAGAACUACAAAGCAGAAGCGGACCAACAGUUUGCCAACAGUUUGGCCGUGAAUAAGAAGAACAAGCUCAAGAGUCUGAACGGUUAGGUUUAGAGCAUUUAUUGUCGCCAUUUUUAUAAUUAAUUAAGUACCUAAUUGGUGUCUCUUAUUAACUAAAGAUAAUACAAUAAAAUCAUCGGUGUCGUAAAAUGAGCUGGUGCAUAUGCCGAUAUACCUUCUCGUAA